AAUGCCAGUGGCAUUGAUCCUUUGCACUACGUUGAACUCCUGUAAAGUUGUGCCAUGUACUGUUGUGUAUCUUUAUGGUAUACUGUGUGUCAUGGAAUGCCCAUGAUUUGGACCAAUUAUCACACCUCUCUUUGACAAAGAGAAGUGGAGGAUACAAUAGACUUGAGCAACUGAAUCCAGCACCAAGGACUUUUCCUGAAAGAAUAUGUCAGAACGUCACAAUGGUCCUGCCUAACAACAGUACAGUUUCUUCCUUGGUUUCAAAUGUGAGUUCCUUUUGGAAUCGAGACUUGGAAAGAACAGAGCUUCUCAAUGGUGCACCAUCGUUCACUAGCAACUAUGGCCUCUCUAAUGAGAGCUUCUCAUUUACCACCAUGAAAACAAUCAACCAAACUGUUCCUGAUCCCCUGGGGGGACAUGCUGUCUGGCAAGUUGUCUUAAUUGCCUUCUUCACUGGCAUUGUGUCUCUUGUGACCAUCAUUGGAAACAUCUUGGUGAUUGUGGCAUUUAAAGUCAACAAACAGCUAAAAACUGUUAACAACUAUUUCCUUCUUAGCCUUGCUUGUGCAGAUUUGAUAAUUGGUAUUAUUUCCAUGAAUCUUUUCACCACAUAUAUCAUCAUGGGUCGUUGGGCUUUGGGAAAUUUAGCCUGUGACCUGUGGCUCUCCAUCGACUAUGUUGCCAGCAAUGCCUCUGUCAUGAAUCUCCUGGUCAUAAGUUUUGACAGAUAUUUUUCCAUCACUAGGCCGCUUACCUACAGAGCUAAACGAACAACCAGAAGGGCUGGAGUGAUGAUCGGAUUAGCUUGGGUCAUCUCAUUCAUCCUUUGGGCCCCUGCCAUUCUCUUCUGGCAGUAUUUUGUUGGUGAGCGAACUGUCGAGAAAGACAAAUGUUACAUCCAGUUUCUAACGGAACCAAUCAUCACUUUUGGCACUGCCAUAGCUGCCUUUUAUCUGCCUGUCACCAUUAUGAGUAUUUUGUACUGGAGGAUAUACAAGGAGACAGAAAAGCGUACCAAAGAGCUAGCGGGACUCCAGGCCUCUGGCAGCGAAGCUGAGGCAGUGCGCUUUGUCAACAAAACAGGCAGCUCUAGAAGCUGCAGCAGCUAUGAACUGCAGCAGCAGAACACAAAACGCUCCAACAGAAGAAAAUAUGGAGGGUGCCACUUCUGGAUGACAUCAAAAAGCUGGAAACCAAGCCCAGAUCAGGUUGAUCAGGAACACAGCAGCAGUGACAGCUGGAACAACAAUGAUGGUAAUGCCUCUCUUGAGAACUCUGCCUCUUCCGAUGAAGAAGAUAUUGCCUCAGAGACCAGAGCCAUCUAUUCCAUUGUAUUGAAGCUUCCAGGACAUAGCACUAUCCUCAACUCCACAAAACUACCUUCAUCAGAAGACCUGCAUGAGUCAGAGGAAGAACUAGAGAAGCUGGACACAGAGUCAAAAGAGAGGAAAACUAAAAAACUUCAUCCAGAAAAGAGAAUGGAGGAUGGUGGAAACUUACAGAAGAGCUUUCCCAAGCUUUCAGCUCAAUCAGGAUCAGCAGCACAGCCAGGAAAGGCUUCAGAUGGUAUUUCAACAGGACCUAAGGCACCACCUGCUUUGCCUUUGUCCUUCAAAGAAGCUACCUUGGCCAAGAAGUUUGCCUUGAAGACAAGAAGUCAGAUCACCAAGCGAAAACGAAUGUCACUCAUCAAAGAAAAGAAAGCUGCACAGACACUCAGUGCCAUUUUGUUUGCCUUCAUUAUAACCUGGACUCCAUACAACAUUAUGGUCCUGGUAAAUACCUUUUGUGAUCAAUGUAUUCCUACAACUUUUUGGAACUUGGGAUACUGGCUUUGCUACAUCAAUAGCACAGUGAAUCCUAUGUGCUAUGCACUGUGUAAUAAAACAUUCAGAACCACCUUCAAGAUGUUACUCCUGUGUCAGUGUGACAAACGGAAACGGCGUAAACAACAGUACCAGCAGAGACAGUCAGUCAUUUUUCAUAAGCGGAUUCCCCGGGAAGCUUCAUAGAGUAGUAUUUUUUUAACAAUGGAAACAAAUAUUAAAGGGAUUUCAGGCAUGGGAGGGAGGGUGAUUACUGGAGCUGAUGACAAAUAUUUCAUCUUCAAGGUGUGAAAAGAGCAGCCUGGUGUAUGUAUCUAUCCUUUUAAUACUUUCUGUUUAAUGUAACUGUUUAAGCCACAUUAAGCAAAAACAAACUACAAAGGUUUUACUAUGAAACUGUGAGACAUCUGAAGGCUGACUUUAAAAAUUCCAAGAAGCUGCAUAGCAACUAUAAAAGCUGCUAAGGAUCCAAACAAUCCUCUAAUUGCAAAUCCACUCUGGGAUCACAGGUGAGCACAUGUAGUCCCAAGGGAUCCAGUAGAUUCCAACUCAAGUUUUCUGUUGAAAUAGGCUUAGCAAAACUAGUUGGGAUGUGUGUUUUCCGCACUGUAUAGGUUGCCCAAAACUUUCUUGUUGUCCCAACAAUUUCCCAUUUUUUUUCUGGUUGGGGUAUAACAUCAAUUCUUCCUAGUGCCCAGGUAAUUAACCCUUUAACCAAUGCAGAGCUUGUAGUCUAUUUACCAGGAAAGACAAUGCUUGUCUUUCUUGUUAUGGAAUAAUUAUGGAAUGUGAGAAGUAUAAAAGACCUUGCACAUUAUUUCCCAGAUCUCAUUUAUAUUUAUUUAUUUUUAACUUUUGGUUUUGCCUUAAAGUGGUGAAACCUACACUAUUAAUACAUGCAACAAUAAAGAACCGAGCAAAAGACAUACCAUCCACAUGUUUUUGCAGUGGAACUAAACAUCAUCCUCAUUUUUAAUAUACAGAUGAACCCUAAAGAAAAGCUUGGUUCUUUCUCAACCAGAGAUGUCAGGCUACAUUUAAA